AACGCCGUAGGUAAUAGGCAUCGCUAGUGUCAGAGCGCAGCGAUACGUGGUGUCACCGGCAGCAGUAUCCUAGAGUGCCAUAAGUGUCAGCCCCAUAAGCGAACGCAGAAAGUGUCAGCCAGCUCUCGAGUAGCACCGACCGUCAGCCAGGUUGUGCGCGGCGAGUGUCAGCCCGGUCGAGUGCGGAGGCAGUAGCAUUUCGUUUGUGUGACGAAGAGGACGUCGGGCGCGCUGCUGCCUCCAGCCUCGAGUGACAACACCGACGCGAGAUAACGACGAGGAAAAAUCGCGCCUCUUCACUCACGACGCGACGCGAAUCUCGUCUAAAAUAAGCUGUCAAGUGUUUGUGCAGGAUGUCCUUCCGUGACAAGGGCGUGCGCAAGGCAUGCUGGGAGUCCCGCGACAGGUACUGGGCGUGCCUCGACCUCCCCGACGUGCACCGCGAUCACUGCCUCGACCUGCGCCGCCUCUACGAGCUCUCCUGUCCAAGCCAUUGGGUGAAACAUUUUGACCGAAAACGUCAGUAUAUGGAAUUUAAGGAACGGAUCCACACGACUCCUGGAGGCGGCCACAAUGUCGCCAUGCCCCGCCCUUGAAGCCUCCCUUGCCCGCAGACACCGCGUCUACAGCCAGGUGGUGUUCACCUAGCAAAGGCCGCCGCUCUCUCCCACCGACGCCUAGUGAGGAAGCCUCCUGAAGCCAAGCCACGCCCUCCAGUCAUCAACAGGAAGAGGUUCUGAACCAGUCGAUUAACUCGAUUCAGUUCUGGUCGUCUUCGAGGCUUCAGAGCACGAGGGUCGAGGCCCGGGUACUGAAGCAGCCUUUGCUAGGUCGUCGUCCUGUCGGCGUUACGGAUAUGAGUUGAAAGAUGUUUAUAUUUUUUUCAAAAGAGGUGUGACUGGAACUCAUGUCUGCGGCAUCUGCGUGAAUCUCGGUAUGCGCGGAACUAACAAGAGAGAGAAAACAUAUUUAUAUGAAAGUGUUAGUUCAUAGCUCAUUUUGACUGUGGGUCCGUUUAUUUUGAUAGUGGGAUCAAAUCAGCAAAAGUUGGAAGGCAUUUUUUUCUACAUUAAUUCUCUAUUUUGACACAUAUUUGUUCUAGUAAGUAAGAGAUGGUUGGGGGUCUCUCAGAGUUGAUGGACGAAAACAACAGAAUUAUAAUUAGAAUGAAUUUCCUGUCGGCUUAUACAAACACCGCAUAUUUUGCAUGAUGGCUUGACAUAUGAAGCUAUUUCAACACACUAGGUACCAACACUGAUUGCUUGGAAGAUACACAAGAAUGCAUUAUAAAAGCUAAAGAUAGAGCAGUGCGUAACAAUUUUAUAUCUCUAUGUUUACAUAUUUGUAACCUCGUAUUGUCCACAUUUUUCUUUCAGUGUAAAUUUAUACUAAUUGUUAUGUGCAUAAUAAUAUGCUAAACUGACAGCACAAAACUCAAAGAGAUUUAAUGAUCCAGCGGAUUAAAUGGUUCUAAUAAUAAGUGCACGUUUAAGCCUUUAAACGAAACAAAUUUUAUCUAAUGAAUCAACGUACGUGUAAAAUAUUAUUGUACAAGUUUAAUUUUCCUUCACUGGUGCGGCUCUACUGUGUACUCUGAAUGGCAAUUAAUAAGCACUUAACACAAUUCAGUGUUUAUUACCUAAGUGUGCGUGUACAUACGCGUGUAAUACAAACGCAAUGUGCGACGUCUCCGUGUAAAAACACAGGACAGAAGCACAACGGGAGAGGGGGUUCUCUACAGCAGCCCCUGACCCGGCUUUCUUCGUUAGUUUUGCACAUUCGUUUUGAGUUGUCGGACUGAUGGACAGCCAAGGACAAGAGAUAUGUUCUACGUUGUUAGGAAGUUCCUGUCCUCAUUGCUAUCUGCUGAGCCGUCUUCUCUUUGCAUAAUGUGCUGGUGAUUUUCGUAAUAGUUCAUCGUCUAUUAUAGUCUGCAAGAGCCUUCUUCCAUUACAAAUGGAGAGCAGAUACGAAGUAGUAGAAGAAGAAAAAAAAACAUAAGACGAGGAAACCGAGAGAGAUAUACGUUUCGCAGUGAAAAGUUUAUGGGUAACAUCAGCGUUUUAUGAGAUGUAACAGAACUUCACAUAUCCGCCUUGCACUUUUUCUGGGCCCCAGAAAAUAAGCAUAAACAGAUGUCUUCAACAGCAGCGUUAAUAGUACUAUUAUAUAAUCUCUUUUGGUGAAUAUCCAAUAACAGGUUACGCAAGUAACACAUGAUGACCUAUUUUUUGUACAGUCAUGAUCAGGAAUCUCAUUAGUUUAAUGAAGAUUUAAUCAGAUAUGCAUUUAAACCAGGACAUUGCGCCUAUUAGUUAUUUGUGCAUGCAUAAUCUCACACGCUCUUUCAGUGUUACGCACAGUUAAAAUCAGAUUUUCUGUUACUGUUUUGCUUAAUCCUAAAAUGUAGGAAUUUUCCAAGAAAAUAGUGCCUUUAAUCCGGUCUACAGUGCUGGCAGUUAUCUGAUUACGAUGAUACAAACCGAACACUCAGUCCCUUUUAGAGGGAGUGAAUGAAUCCCUAUUCAGUUUGUUCAUUCAUUGAAGUCAAUAAUGCAAUUGGGAAGGAGGGACCGGACCGCUAAUUAACUGGAAACAGUCCGAAAGGAUUUUCUUUAACAAUCAGACUCUAAUGCCUACAACAUUCAUUAUAUAGCUUCCCUGUUCCUCAAAAGACUAAUAUCUAGCCAAAUUUUCACUAACUUUACACCCAAAAUAUAAAUCCAAACUUCAUAUUACCUGUGAGAGAGAAAUAGUGACAUGCAAUAGAAGUAGAGAGAAAGAGGAGAGGGAAUAUAUGGGAAAUAAUUUGAAAAAAUGAGGAAUGGAGAGAAUGUGAAACACAGAGCCAGAGGCAGAAGGACUAUAUGUCGUAGACAGAGAGAGAGAGGGAGAGUGAGAGAGAGAGAGAGAGCGAGAGAGAGAGAGAGAGAGAGAGAGAGAGAGAGAGAGAGAGAGAGAGAGAGAGAGAAUUAUAUUAAUAAAACAGUAAGAAUUUCACUUACGCUACAGAUGAUUCACAACAUGGAUCACUAACCUCUCUUUGUAAAUAAUUUAUAAUAUAUUGCCUACCACUACCUUAGUUCCUAAACAGUAGAUCACUAGUGUGUUUGUUGGCGUGAGACUACCUAACCUUACUUAAACUGCAUUAACACGACCAGUAUCGGAAGCCCACAAAUGUUUGCGGUAUUUCAGCGGCGGCUUCGACUCAAAGGGUUUCAUGGAUUCAGCGCUCUAUAUUUUGGGUACUAUUUAUUUUAUUCAGUACACUUUCAUGUAGAUAGUAUACUUCGUUAGUGUAUUAUUAUAGCCUAUUCAUCAGUUAGAUACUUAUAUAUCUCUAACUUGAACAGAUGUAGUUUGUCAAAGUACAUCUUGGGAACUUGCUCAAUCUGUAACUUCUGAACCGUCUGUUGCAUACAUCCAGCAUAUAGAUGAAAGUUUGACAAAACAGUGACACCAUAGUGACACUACGCCAUGGAGUCUACGUAUGAAUCCUCAUCCAGUGGAUCAAGGCAGCUACGGAACCCGCCAGCCGUCCCUGGUGGGGAGACAAUCGCAAAUUGUACGGCUGAGUUUAAUGUGCCAGCCGAUUUGUGGGGGGCAGCGAGGGUAAAUCAUAUUGUGAUACUAUAUCCAUCCGGAUGCAGUUGGCUUAAUAGGAAAGAUAUAUGGCGUAAAAGUGUCGGACUAGAAUCAGUUAUGGAGUAGGUAGAAUUGGAAAAAUGACAAUCAACAGAGAACAUGUAGCAUUUAAAAAUGAAGAGGGCGAGAGUGAGUGAAGGGUGAGCGAAAGACAGGUCUGAGUGUAUGUUUUGAAGAUCCUACGUUUUCUACUGGUGUUCACAUACUAUCAGCUUAUGUGGACGUUAUUUCCUUGAUAUUGAUGUACCACCGGUCGAGAAAUUUAUAUGAGUGCCACUAGAUUAUUAACCAAAUGCAAGUAGAUCCUUUGUACAUGGUUGUACAUGCACAAAACUUAAUAAUGGUAUUCCAGUACACAAUAGCACGAAUAACAUGAAGAUCUCUUUCAAAGAGAACAGUAUAUCAUAAAAUUACGAUACAGCGAUGAUAAAUAUUACGUAUAUGAGCAAUGAUUAUACUCGCUAUAUACAUGAUAUGCAGCUAUGAUUCAUUGUAUGUAAAGCAAUGAUAAUAUUCGUGUUUGUUCACUGCAUUACUGUGAAGCUUGAAUUAAGGUGCAAUGCAUUAUUUACCUGUUUUGAAUUGAAUAAGCAACGUCUGGAAAAGUAUAGAUAAAUUUAUAUAUCGUGUGAUCCUGCAGCUUUAUAUUCAAACAUGUCAAUUAUUAGGACGUUACAUUCAUGGUGUGUGUAAUGAUAUACAACAAGCGGUAUGUAAAAUGGAUGACUUUCCUCCACCACACAUUACAUGAAAAAUAUAUUUUCAAACUUUCUUGAGGAAUUUCCAAACAAAUCAAACCACUACUGUAACAAUAGCAGUGAUAAGAAUUAGGUAAUAUAUAAUCGAGUUUAUCAAGAGUUCUAAACUAUCGGUGUGUAACAGUGUUGUACAUUAAACCAUGUUAUACACUGUACGAACAACUGUAUUUGUACGCGAGAGUUGGCCUUGUAACAGCUCUGACACUCGGGUUAACCUUGCAAUAACCUAUCAAGCUUCAA